AUGGAGUCGAGGGAAAAGCCGUGGGGAUGGGUUGUUGUUGCUGCAUCCUUCAUGGUACACACUUUGGUGUUCGGGGUGUGCUGGUCAUCCGGUAUCUUCAACUCGAUCUUUUUGGAAGUCUUUGGGGCCUCUAAAGCGACAACAUCAUGGGCUGGAGGACUGAAUAUGGCCACCUUGUGUGCCGUAGGCCCUCUCGCCAGUGUCUUGAUAAACAGAUUUGACUGUCAAAAAGUGGCGAUAUUUGGAGGUCUGAUUAUGUCGUUUGGCCUCGGCAUUUGCUACUUCGCACAAAGUAUUUUCUUUAUGAUCGGAUCGUUUGGAUUUGUGGCAGGUUUUGGAGGUGGAAUUUGCUACAUCCCUGCCGUUGCUAUCACCAGUUACUAUUUUGACAAGAGACGGUCAAUUGCGAUCGGAUUAGCCGUUUCUGGGAUCGGUUUAGGAUCGUUCGGAUUUCCUCCUCUGAUCCGAUUUUUACAUCACCAAUUCGGUUGGCGGGGCUCGUUUCUAGUUUUGGCUGCACUCGUUCUGAACAUCUGUGUGUGUGGCGCCCUCAUGCGGCCGAUUACUGUCAGGGAGAUACUUAAUAAUGGCGACAAUAAGCUAAUGGACAUGAGCCUUUUGAGGAAUUAUGGAUUCGUCUUCCUUGGUGUAAACAACAUGUUCUUUUGCUUUGGAUUUUCGGUGGUAUCCGUACACUUGGCGGCAUACUCGGAGUCUCAAGGCACGAAUACAAACUGGAGCUCCUGGCUAAUAUCCGCGAUUGGAAUGUCAAACUUGGUGGGUCGGAUUACGUUUGGGUUCCUUGGCCAAUGUCGUAAACUUGACAUCAUCGUCAUGUACGCAGUGGGUUUUUUUAUAUGUGGUCUCACGAUCGCCCUCAUGCCCGCUUUUCCCAGCGACAGUCUCCGAAUGGUGCUCGGCUCGAUGUUCGGAUUCCUCUCGGGUUGUUUCGGAACUCUGCUUGUGCCAAUCGUCGCGGCGCUCGUCGGCCUUCAUAGGCUGUCCAAUGCCUAUGGACUACUUCUAGUCUUUGAAGGAAUAGGAACAUUAUCUGGGGCUCCUUUUGCAGGUUGGUUGUUCGAUAUCACUCAGCAAUAUGACGCCUCCCUGUUCGUGGGCGGUGGAUUCCUCACCCUCAGCUCAGCCUUUAUGGUUGGACCCUUCAUCAAAAUCCGGACAGACGCCAAACAUGACGUUAUGGAAUUACAAAUGGACGACUUACAAGUGAUGGAGGAAAACGUCUAG